AUGAUAAUUUUGAAGAUUAACAGUCUGUUCAACAGUGAACAGUAUCUCAUCAUUGAAGAUGAUGUUUUACACCAGACUAUCACAUUUGUUUCACCAACUGCUUACUUCUUAGAAACCUCUUUUCCACUGUGGCUGCGAUAUCUUUCUUUCUCUGUAUAUCUUUACAUCUCUAUUUCUCAUUCUAUCUUUAUAUCUUUCUUUUUCUUUAUAACUUUCUUUCUCUUUAUAUCUUCCUUUAUAUCUAUUGUGAGCUACAACAAUAUCUUUAUAUCUUUCUUUCUAUUUAUAUCUUUAUAUCUUUCUUUAUAUCUUUAUAUCUUUUUUCUCGUCAUAUCUUUAUAUCUUUUUAUAUCUUUCUUUCUUUUUUUAUAUCUUUCUUUUUCUUUAUAUCUUUGUUUCUUUCUUUCUUUCUAUCUUUCUUUCUCUUCAUAUCUUUAUAUCUUUCUUCUUUCUUUCUUUAUAUCUUUGUUUCUUUCUUUCUUUAUAUCUUUCUUUUUCUUUAUAUCUUUGUUUCUUCCUUUCUUUCUAUCUUUCUUUCUCUUCAUAUCUUUAUAUCUUUCUUCUUUAUAUCUUUGUUUCUUUCUUUCUUUAUAUCUUUCUUUUUUUUUUUUAUAUCUUUUGUUUGUUUCUUUCUUUUCUAUCUUUCUUUCUCUUCAUAUCUUUAUAUCUUUCUUUUUUUAUAUCUUUCUUUCUUUCUUUCUUUAUAUCUUUCUUUUUCUUUAUAUCUUUCUUUCUUUCUUUCUUUCUUUCUUUCUUUCUUUCUUCAUAUCUUUUUAUAUCUUUCUUCUUUAUAUCUUUCUUUCUUUCUUUCUUUAUAUCUUUCUUUUUCUUUAUAUCUUUCUUUCUUUCUUUCUUUCUAUCUUUCUUUCUCUUCAUAUCUUUAUAUCUUUCUUCUUUAUAUCUUUCUUUCUUUCUUUCUUUAUAUCUUUCUUUUUCUUUAUAUCUUUGUUUCUUUUUCUUUCUAUCUCUUCAUAUCUUUAUAUCUUUCUUCUUUCUUUCUUUCUUUCUUUCUUUCUUUAUAUCUUUGUUUCUUUCUUUCUUUAUAUCUUUCUUUUUCUUUAUAUCUUUGUUUGUUUCUUUCUUUCUAUCUUUCUUUCUCUUCAUAUCUUUAUAUCUUUCUUCUUUAUAUCUUUCUUUCUUUCUUUCUUUUUAUAUCUUUCUUUUUUUUUUUAUAUCUUUGUUUUCUUUCUUUCUUUAUAUCUUUCUUUCUCUUCAUAUCUUUAUAUCUUUCUUCUUUAUAUCUUUUCUUUCUUUUUUCUUUCUUUAUAUCUUUCUUUUUCUUUAUAUCUUUGUUUCUUUGUUUCUUUCUAUCUUUCUUUCUCUUCAUAUCUUUAUAUCUUUCUUCUUUAUAUCUUUCUUUCUUUAUAUCUUUCUUUUUCUUUAUAUUUUUGUUUCUUUCUUUCUUUCUAUCUUUCUUUCUCUUUAUAUCUCUAUAUCUUUCUUCUUUAUAUCUUUCUUUCUUUCUUUCUUUAUAUCUUUCUUUUUCUUUAUAUCUUUGUUUCUUUCUUUCUUUCUAUCUUUCUUUCUCUUCAUAUCUUUAUAUCUUUCUUCUUUAUAUCUUUCUUUCUUUCUUUCUUUAUAUCUUUCUUUUUCUUUAUAUCUUUGUUUCUUUCUUUCUUUCUAUCUUUCUUUCUCUUCAUAUCUUUAUAUCUUUCUUCUUUAUAUCUUUCUUUCUUUCUUUCUUUCUUUAUAUCUUUCUUUCUCUUUAUAUCUUUAUAUCUUUCCUUCUCCUUAUAUCUUUAUAUCUUUCCUUCUCCCUAUAUCUUUAUAUCUUUCUUUCUCUUUAUAUCUUUAUAUCUUUCCUUCUCCUUAUAUCUUUAUAUCUUUCCUUCUCCCUAUAUCUUUAUAUCUUUCUUUCUCUUUAUAUCUUUAUAUCUUUCCUUCUCCCUAUAUCUUUAUAUCUUUCUUUCUCCUUAUAUCUUUAUAUCUUUCUAUCUCCCUAUAUCUUUAUAUCUUUCUUUCUCUUUAUAUCAUUAUAUCCUUCUUUCUAUCUUUCUUUCUCAUUAUAAUUUUAUAUCUUUCUUUCUCUUUAUAUAUUUCCAGAAUCUAAUCUUCUUACACUCUCUUUCUUGGUCUUUAGUCUUUUUUACACUAUCUUACUUGGUAUUUAGUCUUCCCCUCUAUUUCUUCGUCUUUUGUCUUCUUUCACUCUCUUCUUUUUUUUCUUCUUUCACUCUCUUUCUCGGUCUUUUGUCUUCUUUCACACUCUUUCUCGGUCUUUUGUCUUCUUUCAAUCUCUUUCUUGGUCUUUUGUCUUCUUUCACUCUCUUUCUUGAUAUUUAUUCUUCCCCUCUCUUUCUUGGUCUUUUCUCUUCUUUCACUCUCUUUCUCGGUCUUUUGUCUUCUUCCACUCUCUUUCUUAGUCUUUUGUCUUCUUUCACUCUCUUUCUCAGUCAUUUGUCUUCUUUCACUCUCUUUCUUUCAUUUGUCUUCUUUUCCUCUCUUUCUAAACUCUCUCUUCGUCUUCUUAAUUACUUUAUUAUUAAUGUUAACAGUCUAAGUAGACACUCAUUAUUCUCCCAUGAAUCUUCAGCUUUUUUGUUUAUCUUUCUUUCUUUCUUUCUUGUUAUUCAUCAUUUUAUUUUCAUUCUAUUCCUUCCUUCUCUUCAUGUCUUAACUUUUUCAAAUGUUCUCCUUGUUCUUCUCCUCCUUCCUCUUCCAUUGCUUUUAUUUUCAAAUUCCACCUUCCUUUCUUAUAAUCCAUCUCUUCUUUACUCUUUCCUUUCCAUAUAUUUUUCAUCUCUUUUUUUGUUAUCCAUAAUCUUAUAG